AUGGUGGAGCGGUUUGGAGCGUCACUGGCGUCCAAGAUUUCGGACGCGAGCGACUGGGAGACGGCUGAGGGUUACAUCACGGCCCUCCCUCACCUCUUGUACGACAAACUACAGCCGUACUCCCAGGCUCAGCGUCGCCUUCAGCCGUGCCCUCGACCAAGCCAGCAGGCGCAACACGACCAGCGGCAACAUGUCCAGCAAACCCCGCGCCAGGAGGAUACCGUGCCCCACCGGCACCCGAGCACAACCAGCAGCCGCCGCAGGCGUCAGCGUCGGACCAGGCGCGGCCGCCCUCCGCGUGUGACGCGCCACCACCGCGAUCACCGCUUGGAUGAAGCACUGGACGAACUCCACGUAGUAGAGCGCCGCUCCCCCAGCAACCGCAGUGCCGUGAACAAGGCGCGGCGUCGUGUCGGCCUCAUCAACGCCGCGAUCGCCCAGCAGCGAUUACGCCACCAGUUCGACAAGGAUGAAAAGGCAUGUGUGGACGGCAUCUUCACUGCGGCACGCGAGAAGAGGGCGAUGGCGACGACACCGACGGCGACGACAACGACGGCGACGACACCGACAUCAAGUACAGCCUCGGUCGUCGACGCCAGCACCUGCCCCAUUCCCGGUGAGGAACUUCACCGGUUCUUCACGGCGGUCAACACCCCGUCCGGGGUAUUCGAACCGAUGGCACCGGUAGGCGCCCAUUUCCGCUCAGCCCUCGCACGCCUCCCCGCUGCUCGUCACAACAAGGAGCUGCUCACGGACCACCCCACCCCGGACGAGAUUGAAGACCAACUGCAGCGCGUCCGGGGAAGCUUCAGCCCUGGCCUGGACGGGGUGGGCUACGACAUCUACAAUGUCUUCGCGACCCAGCUCCUACCGGCGCUACACGCAACGUUCAAGUGCUGUUGGCAGCAUCGGCGUGGUGCGUCUGCUCACAAAAAGGGCGAUCGGCUCGACCCUGCCAACUGGCGACCGAUCUGCCUGCAGCAGACCAUCUACAAGCUGUACGCGGGCGUGCUGGCCCGGAGAUUCACGCGCUGGCUGGACGCGAACGACCGUCACGCCACCGCACAGAAGGGCUUCCGGGCGAUGAACGGCUGCGGGGAGCACAACUUCCUCGCGGCCUCGCUCGUGGAUCAAGCGCGACGCAAGCGCCAAGAGCUGCAUGUCGUGUGGUACGACUUCGCCAACGCCUUCGGCAGCGUUCCACACGACUUGCUUUGGGCAGUGCUGCAGCGGAUGGGCGUCCCUGCCGAGUUCGUCGACUGUUGCCGCGGGCUGUAUGCGAACGCCGCGUUCACG